AUGUCCGAGAAAACAACAAAGCAGAGGGUCGCAGUGAUCGGGGCGGGCCUUGGUGGACUAUGUUCUCAGAAGCACCUUUGUGAAAAGUUUAACAUUUUUGAACCAGUGGCAUUUGAACGGAAUUUUUGGCCUUGUGGAUUAUGGAACUAUACCGACCAAACAAGCAAAGACGAUUUCGGAUUUCCCAUUCAUUCUGCUAUAUACAACAAUCUUAGAUCCAAUCUCCCAAAAGAAUUACAGGAGUUUCCAGAUUUCCCCUAUCCUAAGGAAUGGACAUCAUCUUAUAUCACAAGACAACAGUGCCAUCAAUACCUCAACAUGUUUACGGAUCACCACAAACUGAGACCAUACAUACGAACACGCACCUUCGUUCGAGAUGUAAGGCCAUUAAAAGAAGACCAGGAGAACAGCCUUGUUAAAUGGAUGGUCACAUUUUCUCCGGUGAAAAAGUUAUCUGAGAUCAAAACGGAAGUGUUCGAUUCUGUUCUUGUAUGUAAUGGUCAUCACAGUGAACCGUACACUCCGGAUAUCCCUGGAAUGGAAUUGUUUGAGGGAAGAAUGAUUCACAGUAAAGAGUUUAGACACGAGGAACAUUUUGAUGGACUUCGUGUUGCAGUUCUAGGAUGUAGUUAUUCAGGAGAAGACAUUUCAAUGCAUGUAGCAAAGUUUGCAAAAAAAGGAUUUUUCUACUUCUAUACAAUAUCGGAACCAAAUUCCCAUAAGCAUGAUUUCCAUUUUUCUUCGUUCUUAAACCUCGAAAAUUGGACCUCUCUUAAAUAUUUGAUAUUACAGUAUAUUUUCAAUUUAGUUUAUAUUUACUUAAAGGUUUUUGCAUGCCACAGACGAGAUCCAAAAGACUUCAGGCCGUCUUUCAAAAAAGAAAUAGAACAAAGACCUCCUUUUGUCCAUAUGACGAAAGAUUUCGUGGUGUUUCCCGAUGGCUCUUCAGAAAAAGUUGACGCAGUCAUAUUCUGUACCGGAUAUCGUUAUUCUUUUCCAUUCUUAAAAGAUGACAUCAUAGCGAUCCAAGAUCAACACGUUCAGCUAAUUUACAAACAUAUGUUUCAUAUAGAAUAUCUAAACCUUAUUUUCAUUCGAAUAGCCCGGCAGUUUUUAUACUUUCCUAUGUACCAUGAAAUGGCAAAACUUGCAGUUUUGGCGUUGGCAGGAAAAGUGAAAUUUCCGUCCAAAGAUGUAAUGAGGGCAGAGAGUGAAGCGGAUUUCCAAUCUCGUUUGAAGGAAUGCAAUCCACCGUCUCAUGCCCAUUUCUUUGGCGGUACUGGUCGACGAUUUCGAUACAUUGAAGAACUCGCAGAAUUAGGAGGUUUUGAUCCGCUUCCGCCAGUACUCGAAAUGAUUUUUACAGACGUCGCAGAUGAAAGACACAUGAAUCUUCCACAUUGUACCGAGAUUAGUUAUCGGGUAACUGGGCCUAAUUCGUACGUUUGCUUAAACCCGGAGAAGAUUAAAUCAAGGAAAUCAAAAGCCGAAAACGUUUUUAAAGAUGGAUGAAUCAAUCAUUAUUUUCAUGAAUAUUAUUAUUCAUUAUUCAUCUUCUUUCAUCUUGUUUAGAAUUUUUUUUAAAUUUAAAUAUCUGUACCAUCUCAAUAUUUUCAACUUGUUAAACUACACUGCUUGAUUUCAGAGAAGACAUUAAAUUUCUUUGU